GUCACGUGUGGACUGUGACAAGAUGAAGAUUACCAUGCUCUCUCUCUCUCUAUCAUCAGAAACCUCCGUUUUUUUAAUGCUGAGAAAACGCAGACCCAUCUUCAGCAAAUCUUCAAUGCGCUCUCUCUCUCUCUCUCUCUCCCCAAGAGUUCUUUGAAGUGUUUCUGCUUCUGGAUUUUGAAUUUUGAUAUUCGAAAGCUUGUAUCUUGAAAAGUUUGGAUCAGUCAGCAGCAGUACAGGUGAUAAGAGAAGUUGAGGGAGGCGAUUCUCUGAUAUGAGAGUAGUUUCUAUCUUCAAUUCUUAUUGCAAACUAGAUGGUCAUGGAUCAGUACUUUAGCAGUUGAGUGGGACAAUGUCUAGAAUCAAAUUUAACAACAAAGCUGUCCCUGUAUCGCCGGAUCCUAACAUGAUUGAAUAUUUGAGAGUUAGUGAUAGGUUUUUGGAUAGGAAUGUCGUUGAUAAUAUGCCAGUUUCUAGCCAGUUCAGUUUUGAUGCCCGAGGUCCGUCGUCAGAAGGCGAGUAUCCUGUGGAUUUUGAUUUUAGUGAUGUGGUGCUCAAGUACAUAAACCAUAUUCUCAUGGAAGAGGAAGUGGAAGACAAAACCUGCAUGUUUCAAGAGUCUGCAGCUCUUCAAGCUGCAGAAAAAUCAUUCUAUGAGGUACUUGGAGAACAAUAUCCUGCCUCCACAGAUUAUCAGCUGUUGCCAAAUUUAGAUCUGAAUACUGAAAGCCCUGAUGAUAAGUUCUCUGGAGAAUUGAAAAGUUAUUGUGGUUCUGGUGAUAUGGGAGCUCUGUGUACGGAUUGGCAUACUGAUCCCUACUACGAUCGAAUUGGCGGGCAUCAUGUUACUGGUAAUUUAGUCUCACAAUCUGUUUCUCUGUCAUCUUAUAGUUCAUCAAGUAAUGACACCAUCAUUGAUGGCCCGAUCGAUUCUCCUGUGAGUACUCUUAAAGUUCCUCAUAUAUUUGGAGGUAAUGAGUCAGCUAUGCAAUUUAAGAAGGGCGUUGAAGAAGCAAGGAAAUUUCUUCCUAGUGGUAGUAAAUUAAUUGUUGAUAUGAAGUAUGAUAAGUCAGUGGAAAAGAAGCAAAAAGAAGGCCGUACCAGUAUGGUCGUUAAGGUGGAAAAGAACAUUAAUAAUGACGAGUCUUCCGAUUUAUCACGGGGAAAGAAGAAUCCAUAUCAUGAGAGCAUGGGGCUGCAAGACGAACGGAGCAGCAAGCAAUCCGCCACUUAUUCUGAAUCAACUGUGACUCCAGAAAUGUUUGAUAAGGUGCUUCUAUGCAGCGGAGGGAGAAAUGAAUCUGCCCUUCGCAAAGAACUGAGUGAAGUAAGUAAACUCACUCCACAGAUUGCUUAUUUAAAGGGAUCUAGUGGUGGGAAAACCCGUGUUAAGAAACAGGGAGGAAAAAGGAAUGUGGUUGAUUUGAGAACCCUAUUGACCCUUUGUGCACAAGCUGUUGCAGCUGAUGACCGUAGGACCGCAAAUGAGUUUCUUAAGCAGAUUAGACAGCAUGCAACUCCAACUGGAGAUGGAAUGCAGAGACUUGCCCAUUACUUUGCCGAUGGUCUUGUGGCACGUAUGGCUGGAUCUGGGACUCAGAUAUAUACAUCCCUAAUUAAUAUGCCUACAUCUGCUGCUGACGUCUUGAAGGCCUACCAUAUAUAUCUUGCUACCUGUCCAUUUAGAAAGAUCUCUAAUUUCUUUGCAAAUAAGACCAUUAUGAAUCUGUCUGCGAAAGUCACAAGGCUCCAUAUUAUUGAUUUUGGCAUUCUCUAUGGUUUCCAGUGGCCUUGCUUUCUACAACGUCUCUCUUCUAGACCUGGCGGACCGCCCAAACUUCGUAUUACUGGUAUCGAUCUUCCAUGUCCAGGUUUCCGACCAUCAGAAAGGGUUGAAGAGACUGGGAGGCGCUUGGCUAGAUAUGCUGAGACUUUUAAAGUUCCAUUUGAGUUCAAUGCUAUAGCUCAGAAGUGGGAAACAAUUACUCUAGAAGAUCUUAAGAUCAACACGGAUGAGUUGCUUGUUGUGAACUGUCUUUACAGAUUUAGGAAUCUACUAGAUGAAACUGUGAUGGUGAACAGUCCAAGAAACAUUGUUCUAAACCUUAUCAGAAAGAUGAACCCUGCUGUUUUUGUUCUGGGAAUUGUGAAUGGUUCCUAUAAUGCCCCCUUUUUCAUUACAAGAUUUCGUGAGGCGCUGUUUCAUUAUUCUUCCUUAUUUGACAUGCUUGAGGCCAUUAUUCCCCGAGAAAUUCAUGAGAGAAUGCUUCUUGAGAGAAUAGUAUUCGGCCGGGAAGCAAUGAAUGUAAUUGCUUGUGAAGCAGCUGAAAGGAUUGAGAGACCAGAGACAUACAAGCAGUGGCAGGCUCGGAACAUGAGGGCUCGGUUUGAGCAGCUUCCUCUGGACAAGGAGAUUAUGAAAAUGGCAAGAAACAGAGUCGAAUCAUCCUAUCACAAGGAUUUUGUGAUAGAUGAAGAUGGCCACUGGAUGUUGCAGGGUUGGAAGGGGCGUAUUGUUUACGCACUUUCUUCUUGGAGGCCUGCAUACUGAAAUUCAUCGAUGACACCUUCAGAAAGGCCAAAUCGCUGGUUACUGAUCAUGCUGUCUUCUGCAUCAAUUGCAGAAUAUCAAUAUGUUUCUUUUGUUAAUAGCAAGCUGUUUAUUGGAAUCAGAAUUGCUCCUGCUUAGGCAGUUCUUGUGCUUUUCAAUCUGGCUGAAGAAUGUCAAGUGGACUAGCAACACAUAGCCCCGAAAACAAUUGUGCCAUCGCUCCACUGGGCCAAUAGACAUGCAUGCUUGAACAAUUCGGAGGGUGUUUUUUCUGUCAUAUGCCUGGAGGUACCGCAGAAUCGAGAGAAACUGCUACAUAUGCAGUCUUUUGUCCAAGACCAUAAUGGCAGGGGAGAAAGUGUUGUUUUCUUUCCCUCUGUACUCUAUUAUCAACAUCAAUUAUACGCUGUCUAUCUUCUUUUAAUUGGCAUUUGUAAAGAUAAUUUGUAUUUUAAUUCUAUUUUACUCAAGAAUUUAGCAUUGUGCCGGAUGACUUGCACUUGGGCGACAUCGUGGGAGACAAGGCGGCAACGUCGCUUCGCCCCCUUUUGAUGGGGUGACCGCCAUCACUCCCUUCUGCUAAGACGGCGUCGGCAUUGCCCCCUUUGCGUCCAGAUUCUCCUAUCGCUCUUCGUAUUAUAUAUA